UCAUNACAGUAUUAUAAUAAUAACUUUCUAACUUAAUUUUUUUUUAUAUAACAUUCUCAUAUCACUCGUAUCAACUGUCGUGUGCAAUUUUCGUAAAAAACAACAGUACAGUAUUAGAAAACCAAACUUUUGUGGUGACUCGAAUUAAAUGAACGUUCUGUAAAAAAUAUCUUCACAUAUUUAAUGUAAAAAUGACGAAAUUAAAGUAUACGUUUAUCUCGAACAAUUACCCGAUUUAUUGAACGAAGAAACAAACGUGAUGGAGAAUAAUUUCAAUAAUGUCUACCGACGACGGUACCGCGUUAUUAUUGCAAACCCCAGUUGAUCUUUCGAAAAUAUUUUACCACCACCACUCGCGCGUUGUUGAUUUUGCUCGUUGUCUUGCACCGGUGUAAUUUUCAAAAAUCAAAUCGUUCACCAUGGAUAAAACCACUGUGCGACUUGUGAUAACAGCAGCAAUAAUCAUCGAUUUAACUUUUGGCGCUGACCUCGCUAUACAAUUGCCUCGACAAGGAGAUUCGUCUGUAACUGGUGGAUCGUAUAGGUUGGACUACUCUCCUCCGUAUGGACAACCACCAGCCAACACCACAAUAGCGUCUCGAGAUAUAGGCGAUGUGAUACAUUUUUCACAAGCUCUACCAGGAACCCGGUACGAUUUUUGGCUUUACUAUAGUAACAACACGGAAAACAAUAAUUGGCUCCUGACCUGGACAGCAUCGAUUACAACGGCUCCUGAUCCACCUACAAAUCUUACUGUGCAAGUAAAAGGCGGUAAAACAGCUCAUGUAACUUGGACACCACCCGCUUCAGGCAACUAUGAUAGUUUUAAGCUCAAAAUAAAUGGAUUAUCGAGUUCGUUGCCUGCGUCGGAACAAAAUGUUGGUCGGGUGAUUUUAGUUCCUAAUGCAAACCCAAAUGAUUCCGAUAAAAGUGAUGUACAGCAACAGCAAGCAGUACAACAGUAUGUUUUAAAAGAUUUGACCCCUGGGGCCACUUAUCAAGUUCAACUAUUUGCUGUUUAUGACCGUAAAGAGAGUGUAGCAUAUAUAUCACGAAAUUUCACUACAAAACCUAGUACACCCGGAAAAUUUAUUGUAUGGUUCCGUAAUGAAACUACACUUCUCGUUCUAUGGCAGCCAAGUUAUCCAGCCAGUGUAUUCACUCAUUACAAAGUGAGCGUAGAACCUCCAGAUUCCCCUGAAUCGGUGUUGUACGUAGAACGAGAAGGAGAACCUCCUGGUCCGGCUCAGGCAGCAUUUAAAGGGUUGGUACCAGGUCGUGCAUACAACAUAAGUGUUCAUACUGUAAGUGAAGACGAAACAUCAGCGCCUACCACCGCUCAAUACCGUACGAUACCAUUGCGUCCAACAAAUCUUGUAGUGGAUGGUCGAAUGACAGGAUCAUAUAAUGUCCGUGUUCGGUGGGAUCCGCCUAAAGGCCUCUGCGAGUUUGACAAAUACCAAAUAUCCGUUAAUGCCGUGGCGGCGAUGAAAAAAUCUUCAGCUAUAGUUCCAGCACAACAAUCAACUCCUAUAACUGUUAGCCGUACGGUGACAAGUACUGACCUGAAUCACGACAUUGACCCUGGUCGGACAUACCAAGUUCUUGUUAAAACUGUCUCCGGAAAAGUGGCUAGUUGGCCCGCAUCCGUCAAUGUCACACUAAAACCUCUGCCCGUCACUGAUUUGAAAAUUGCCCGGGUUGAAGAUAGCGUGCUAACGUUGCAUUGGCAACCAGAUCCCGCUAGCUAUCAAGACGCUUAUCAAGUAGCCUACACCGAAGUGGUGUCAAAUGCUGGAGCUGGUGUUGGUCAACUACCAAUUGGACCUGAAACUACUUCGGCUGUAGCGUUGCCAGGCGCAGUACUGCUACAACCGCAAGCCAUAUCUUCUUCAUCUUCUCAACAGUCUUCAGCUGGUGCGGCUGAUAGUAACGUCAUAAUCGUAUCGGCGGCCAGCCAGGGCAAUUCAGAGAUGGGAUCAAGCAACAACAAUAACUUGAACGUAGUCGAAUGUACGUUGGACGCACUACUACCUGGACGUAAUUAUUCCAUUUCCGUACGUGCCCUGAGUGGUAACGGAGUAGGGCUAGCAACCAGCAACGAGACCAUAGUAUAUCAUACGAUGAAACCUUCGGCGCCAAUCAUUGAAGAUUUAAGACCUACUAUCGACUAUGGAUUGAAUGUAUCUUGGAAAACCGAUGUUAAUAGUAGGCAAGAAACGUUCCAAGUCGUGUGCCGUCGAAACGAUACCGAUGACAUACCUAUGGUGAGAAUCACUAGCGAAUGGCGAGUGUCCUUAAAACAUUUGUAUCCCGGCGCCGCAUAUCAAAUAAAAGUUUUCGCCAUUAGUCACGGUCUGCUCAGCGAACCUCACGAUUAUUUCCAAGCCGUAUAUCCGCGUCCUCCCGUAGAUUUACAAGUGGAGAACAUCACGGCGACGGCGGCGGUCGGAGGAGUCGGAUCCGUGUUGAUCAGGUGGAACCGGCCCGUCGAAGACGGAGGUGUUUUCACCGAGUAUUCCAUCAAAUACCGUACGGUGGACAGCUCGCAGUGGAUACGUUUGCCCGGAGUGCCGCCGGGCGUUCAAGAAGCGGAAAUAGCUGACAUGACGGCCGGUCAGAGGUAUACGAUUCAAGUGAACACGCAGACGUACGGAGCUUUAGAAUCACCUUAUCCUCAGCAAGUCAAUUACACGAUAAGACCCAAUCCUAUAACCAACGUUGCUCUUUUGGUCGACGCCACUAACGUUACUCUAACGUUCCCCCGUCCCGAGGGUCUUCUGGAGUACUAUACCGUUCAGUGGUGGAUAGUGGCCGAUCGUUCGAUAGCCGGAUCUCCGUCAUCGGCCGAACCGGGAUCUGGUUCCAUAACCACUGCCGGAAGCACCGGCGGUUCCAAAAAUAUCACGGAUUCUGCCGCUACUUCUAGUGCUACCAGUUCCGCCGCUACUACUACCGCUACUGCUACUAGCACGACGAGUACGGCCAACGGCGGACAAAACGCCCCAAUCCCGACAAUAAGUCUGAGCGUGGACGAUCUCGUCCCGGGCGCCAGAUACGUUUUGCGCGUUCGCACCACUUCGCAUGGACUGCACAGCGAUUACACUCAACUGACGGCCAACACCAUGCCUCUCAUACUGUCCGAAGUGCUGGCCGUCAACGAUCAACACACCACGGACACUCUGACGCUUCGUUACACGCCCACUCCACAAGUGGCGUCUCGUUUUGAGAAAUAUCGUUUCCAGUUGGCUUCGGGCAGCAAUUCCGUGUCGGACGACGGCGACGGCAAGCCGACGCAGUCGCUAAUCGCCGAAAAGUUAGCCACCGAUAACGAAUGGAAGGUCACUUGGCAAGGAUUGACGCCGGGUCAGCUGUACGACAUAACCGUAUGGACUGUGUCCGCCGAAGGUGUGCUCAGUCAACCUCUGCGACGUCAAGAUCGAUUGUAUCCCGAACCCAUCAGCGAACUAAACGCCACGUACGUCGGACGAGACUCUGUGACGUUGGCUUGGCGCGUACCGAGAGGCCAGUACGACGCUUUUCAAAUCCAAUACUUGCUGGACGGUGACAACGACGGCUCGUCGUCGUCGUCCACUUCGAGUUCAACUCUGGUCCAAAACCUGACCGUCGAUCCGUGGUUUGACGUUCGCGGACUCAGACCUUACCGGAACUACACUUUUACCGUGGUCGUACGCGCCGGCGGUACGCCUCCACAUCAACCGGGCUCGACGUCGUCCGUUCUGGCCGUUUCUGCCGCGUCACUGUCAACAGCCGCCGCUCCCACCACCACCGCUAUAAGUAACGCCGUGUUGAGACGUAGCGUACCCGUGUCGGCCGCUUUCGCCACUCUGGAAUCUGUGCCGGCAACUCCUCGGAGGUUGAUCGGCACCGACGUUCGACCACAGCAACUCACUCUGGAAUGGACUCUGCCCGAGUCCGAACACAACGGUGUCCUCCUGCGGUUCGUGGUGUCGUGGAAGGAAAUCCGUCGUCCAUCGGGUGUCGGAGGAAGAGUACGCGGAGACGACAGUGGCGGCGGCGACGACGACGAAGACGGUGCGCAAACGGACGCCCGAUCGCCUCUAGCCGUUGACGAAGACGACGUGUCGUCGUCCCUCGACGGCGAAAAAACCGUUUACUUGGAAUCGUGGCGGAACCGCGUGACCAUCGGAGGAGGAAGCAGCAGCAGCAACAGUAAUAGCAUCGGAGGCGGUGGCAAUUCUCGUGGAGGAGCAGCAAACGCGGGGUUGAUACCCGGCAAGGUGUACUCGUUCACGGUGUGUGGCGAGACGCGAGCUGGACGAGGCGGAGUGGCGCAAUUACGCCAACGCAUGCCCAUACUAGCUCCGCCAAAACCCAGUGCCCAAGCGGUGCCGACCGAAGUGAGCCGUACCAAACAAACGAUUCAAGUGCGGUUCCGCAAAAACUACUUUAGCGAAAUGAACGGAGCGGUGCUCGGCUACACGGUAAUAGUGGCCGAAGACGACGGGAAGAACGCCAGCGGACUGGAAAUGCCGAGUUGGAGAGACGUCCAGGCGUACUCGACUUGGCCGCCGUAUCAGGUUCUCGAACCGUACACGCCGUUUUCGCACAACAAAACCGUCGAAGACUUCACCAUCGGCCAAGACCAAAACUGUAACGUCGGAGGAAACUACAAUUCCGGUCUGCCCAAAACGCUGUCGCCGUCCGGUUAUUGCAACGGUCCGUUGAAACCGGCCACGGUUUAUAGAGUGAAGAUAAGAGCGUUCACGUCUGCCGACAAAUUCACCGACACGUCUUACUCGUUCCCGAUUCAAACCGAUCAAGAUGUGACGUCCAGCACCGGCACUACGGCUGCGAUCGCGUUCAUCGUGAUAUUCGUAUUGGUGUUAUCGGGCGCAGCGGUGGCGGCGUAUUCCAAGUACAAGAACUACGCGGUCAAGAAUUCGACGGGAAACAAAAGAAACGACGCCAACGGAGCAGCAGGCCAACAGCAGCAGCAGCAGCAGCAGCAGAGGAGAAACGCGGGUUCGAAAUUUUUCUCCGAUUCCGCUUUUCCCACUCAACGGAACACAUUGCUGGGAGGCCCCGAAUUAGAUUCAUUGCGGCGGCAGGGUUCUUGCGACUUGGAAACCAGUAGACCCGUGAGAGCCGACAGAUUUAUCGAGCACUACGCUCAAAUGUCGGCCGAUUCCGAUUUCCGGUUUUCCGAAGAAUUCGAAGAGCUCAAGCACGUCGGCCGUCAACAACCUUGCGCCGCCGCCGAUUUACCGUGCAACAGACCCAAAAAUCGAUUCACCAACAUCUUACCGUACGACCAUAGCCGCUUUAAACUGCAACCCGUCGACGACGAAGAAGGAUCCGACUACAUCAACGCCAACUACGUCCCUGGUCACAACAGCGUACGGGAAUUCAUAGUCACUCAAGGACCGUUGCACUCGACCCGAGACGAUUUUUGGCGCAUGUGUUGGGAAUCGGGAACCAGAUCGAUCGUCAUGCUCACGCGGUGUGUGGAGAAAGGUCGCGAAAAGUGCGAUCACUACUGGCCGUACGACACUCAGCCCACUUAUUACGGGGGCGGAGACGGUGGCGACGGUGGCAUUUGCGUGACGUUGCUGAACGAUACUCAUUAUGCGGAUUACGUGAUAACGGAAUUCAUGGUUUGCAGAAACGACCAAAAGCGAGUGAUCAGACAUUUCCACUUCACGACUUGGCCCGAUUUCGGAGUUCCCAGUCCUCCCCAGACCCUGUGUCGGUUCGUUCGAGCGUUUAGAGAUCGGAUCAACGGCGGUUCCGCGGGUAUGAAUCCUUCCGAACAGUCGUCACAACACCGAUGGCCCGUUAUAGUGCACUGCAGUGCCGGAGUGGGUAGAUCGGGAACGUUUAUCGCUCUCGAUCGCGUUCUCCAGUCCAUCCAGGAUCCGCAUCGGCCGGGCACUUUCCUUCCUCCGCACGUGGUAGCCCUGAAAUACGUGGACGUCUACGGCAUCGUGUACGCCAUGCGCAAGGAACGCGUGUGGAUGGUUCAAACCGAACAGCAGUACAUAUGCAUUCACCAGUGCGUGGUGUCCGUACUGCAAUCGUUGUUCUCGUCGGACCAGCAACAGUCGAAAGAGCAGCAGUAUCAGUACGGCGGCGGCCAAUACCGUCUCGGCUGCGACGGUGUCGACGACGAAGAUCUGAUCGAGGGCGGCACGUUGAUGAUAACGGGAGUCGCCCACCACAAUCGGGCUUUCGAAGGUGUCUGCAAGUUGUCGACGCAAGAGGAGUGAGACGACUCGAGGACUAAAUUCGAUAAGACUUGUUUUAUUUAAAAACGAUGAAGGCAUUGCUGAAUCUGGAAUGUAAAUUCUAUGACAACUUUAUACAAACCAAUUUGUUGAUCAGUGCAACAAAACAGUAUUAUGAAUUAUUUUUAUAACAAUCAAAACAGUAUUACUAUCGAUCAAUUACUAUCGUUUGCAAUGAGAUUAUUAAUAUUAUUUUUUUUUUUUUACAAUAUUUUUCAUUUUGUUUAUUUAUAUGAUAAAUAAUAAAUAAAUAAUUAGGGUGGCGCAAAAAAAAUUGAUCUUCGAAAUGU